AUUUAGAAAAAUACUUGGCUUUAGAUUGUCCUAAUCAAAAUAAGAAUAUUAUAGAUUUCUAUACUCAAAUUAUUGCUAAUCAACAAGGCCGUAGCCAGGCUGCAUCUCAAGAAAUUACAUCUGGUGUUGAACUAAGUAAAAAAAAACAUAAACUAGCAGGUGAUCAAGCAUCAUUAUCAGAGUUUUUAGAAAGCACCAAAUUAACUCCACAGCAUAAAAAUAAUAUUAAUUCAGCUUUAAUCAAAGUAUUUAUAGUAUGUAAUAUUCCUUUUUACGUUAUUAGCAAUCCAUAUUUUAUUGAUACAUUACGAGCAUUACGAGAAUUAUGGCCUGAAUAUCAACCACUGUCAAGACAAUUACUUGCAGAUCGAUUAUUAAAUGCUGAAAUUAUUAAACUCAAUCAAAAUAUUAGAAAUAUUUUAGAAAAAGCCAACAAUUUAACUCUUGGUUUAGACAGAUGGACAGAUUCAAGUGGAAAAUCAUUAUGGAACUUUAGUCAUACUGGAGAAACAUUACAAGAAUACAUUCAAAAAAUAUUUGAUGAACUUGGUGCAUAUAAGUUUGAAGCUAUAGUAACCGAUU